UUUCUUCUCAGACUUCUUCUAUCUUUGAAUCACCAAAAAAAAAUAAAAAAUAAAAAAAAUUAACAGUCUUUUGUUCUUGUUUCGCCCCUGGCCAUCUCCUCGUAACAGUCGUCUUAACGACCUGCCCGCCGUGUCCGUCAGCCUCCUUAAUUCGGUUGUUACGUACGAGAAAAGAGAGAGCAGAAAACACUCACGCGACAAUAUAUAAUAUAAGAUCAAUAAGUAUGGGUUUUCUCCACAAGCUCUGGGACGAAACACUCGCCGGUCCCACCCCCGACUCGGGCCUCGGCAAGCUCCGCAAGUAUGACUCCUUCUCAGCCACUCAGUCUGCACCUUUGGCCCAUGCCCCGGCAAAUAUUACACGGAGCAUCACCCUCAUGAAGAAUAACAACAGCAGCAGCAGUAGUCCGAGAUUUGUUCGCAACCUCUCCGUCGAGACCACCGGGUCAGUCCUGGAGUCUCCGGUUGGACCGAGUACACCUGGAACACCCGUGUCGCCGAUGACGCCACCGGGAGAUUUCAAAAAGUUUACGAGGAGAAAAGCUUCCACUGAACCAUCGGAGUGCGCUGAUCCUCGAAGUCCAACUGUUUACGACUGGAUUGUGAUCAGUGCUUUGGAUCGCUGAGGAAGCUGUGGCGAAGGAGCUUGGCGAGGAAUUUUGCAUGAAAGAGAAGAUCGGCCAUGAGACAAUUUCUCUGUAAAUAACGGAAUCUUUGAUUGGAUAAUUAAUAAUAACAUAUAAUAGUAAUAUAUAUAUGUAUAUAUGAGGUAGUAAAUCAAAUAAGAUUUUGAAGAUGAAGAAGAAGAGGAGGAAGGGGGAUCAGUGGAGGUAAACUGGCCUCAACUUUUGUAUAUAUAUAUAUAUAUAUAUAUCUAUAAAUAUUUAUUUUUUCUCGUAACUUUUGUGGGAAUUUUGUAUUUUUGGUUUGAUAUUUUAUGUAAAUAAUGGAUUUGAUGGCACUUUGGUAGCUAUGUCAUUCGAAUCAUCACUUUAUAUAAUGAUACUUAAAUUCUCCACAGGGGUAGAAACUUAA